AUGCUCGGGCUUUGGCUGCUCCUCAGCGCCCUGAUCUGCAUCGUUCCCGAUGCGGUCCACGGCGGCGUCAUGCAGUCGUCCGACACAACCCAGCACGUGCUCGAAACCAUCGCGAAACUCGAGCACGGCGCGGGAAUCACCGGCCAAGUAGUCCUCGACCACGAGGCGCCUCCCUCGGCGGACGACGCGACAUUCCUCGUGCCCGCGACGUUUGCGGACGAAGCCGGCAUUCCCCACCUCCUGACGCGGCUCCUACUCAAACACGGGGUCCGCAAGGGCCGGGAGCUGCGACUGGUGCCUGGGCAGCGCAAUGCAGCCGCCGCUCUCGCGCACGGCGGCUCCCUCGACGCAACCUCGUGCACGGAGUGGGACCCUCACUCCACGUUCACGCUUGCGCUCGCAUCGGGGUCGCCAGAGCGAUGGCAACUCGGCGUCAACCACCACUGGUUUCUCGGUGUCGACGACCCAGCAGCGGCGUACGUCCACGACGCCUGCGGGCUCGCGGGCGACGACCCUGCGCCGGUCGUCGCCAGCCUGCGCAGCGGACAGAUAUUCCCGGGGCUGCGAGCGAGCCCAGCGGCGGCAGCGUUGCACCUCACCCACCCUGCACAAGCACGUGCGCUCGUUGCCGCCGUGGCCCGCGCGCACGGCGUCGCCGUCCAGUUCGACGCCCCCGCGGACGCCCUUCCGGACCCGUGGCGGUCCGCGGCCGCAUCGUGGGGCGCAGGGGGAGUAUCGAUGGUGGUGGGAGGGGUCGGGGAGCGCCUCGUGGUGGACGCGGAGCGCGUGGACGCGGAGCGGCUGUCGCUGCUGUCACAGCUGGCGUGGCUCGGGAAGGGGGCGGUGUCGGGGUGGACAUUGUGGGACGUAGCCGUGACUGAGGAGGAGAUCCGACACGCGCUGCGGCGGCCCGCUGGGGGCGCGGAAGCGCGGUCGGGCCCGCUGCGGGGGGCCUGCGCGACCGCGGUGGCGGCCGCGGUCCCGGGCUGGCGUGAGGCCGCCGCGGCAAUACACCCCCUCGACACAAUCCUGCAUGUCGGGCUGGCCGAGGUACAAGUCGAGCGGAUCCUGCGGCAGCCGCCGCACGCAAUGACGGCCGCGCUGGAGUCGCUCGCGGCGUUCAACGCCGUCCUCGCGCGCACGUGCCACGACCCCAUCAGCGGCGUAUGUGCGCGCAUGUGCGACUGGCACAGCGGCUGGAGCGCGCGCGAUCUGGCAUGCCGCGGCAGCGCGCCGCAGGAGGCGCUGAUGGGCGCGAUGCGCCUGUCGCUGUCGUUCUCCCAGGCGAUCCUCGGCGGCGUUGUGCCGGGAAUGGAGGCGCGCCCGGACGUGAACAACUUUUGCGUGUUCGCGGACCCAAUCGGCGCGGACAGCGACGAACGCGCCGCGCACGCGGCCCGGCGGCGGGCGAAGGACGAGGCCGCGCUGUUUGAUCCGCCGCAGCGCGCGUGCUGCUGCCCCGGCGUCGCCGCGCUGGGUAUAAUUGGAAUACCCCCCCUCGUCGAUGUCGACGGGUGCGACGUCGCGGCGACGCGGUUCCCGCGCGCGUUCCCCGGCGCGCCACCGACUUGGACGCCGGACGUGUACGAGCGGUGCCGCGCGUGCGCGCGCGGGCGGCUUCUCACCAUGUGGGAAGUGACGCAACGCAACACGUCCGCAGAAUCCGAUCUUGGGAGGGCGCGCGGGGGCCGGGGGUGCGCGGGCCUCGACGAGCUACCGCGCGGCGUGCGGCUGAGCCUGGAGUCGUACAUGAAGCACCACCCAGGAGACGACGUUUUCUUGUUUUCCAGGACUCUCUGCGAAGACUCGCUGGGGGCGUACGAGUUCGCGGGGUACAGGGCGCGCGUGGUGCCGUACGAGGUCGAGGAGUACGCGGGCGGGCACAUCGCGGGCAGCGCGGCGGAGAUACGCCACGUGGCGUGGUCGUUACGGUUGAAGAAGUACGGCGUGCGAUGGGUUUCGGAUGUCCUCGCGAUGCUGCUGCUGCACCACUACGGCGGGACGUACGCGGACCUGGACGUCGUGUUCCUGCGGCCCGUCGACCUCCCGUCCGCGGCGAUCCUCCCCAUUGGCGCGCGCGGCACGGGGGGGUGUACGGGCACGGGCCGCCUGACGUCGGCAGCGCGCGCGGCGGCCGCGCUCGGACCGGACCGGGCCCGCGAGGUGGCCCGGAGCUUCGUGCACGUCGAGCUCGCGGACAACUCCGCGUGCGGCGAGGCGGCGCACGGGCUCUCCCUGCCCCGCGACGGCGACGACACCGAACGCCUUCUCACCACGGCGUUCCUCAAGACGGACGAGUCCUUCUCGCCGCUGUUCGCCGAGUGCUUCCGGCUCCUCCCGCGCCGCAUCGCGUCCGGCUACAUCGCGCUCAUGCAGAUGCUGGCCGAGGCGUAUGCCAACGUCCAGGGCGCGCCGGGCGUUCCGGACCUCGUCCCGUACUCCUCUGUCCUCGGUUGGAACGACCAGCGGCGCGAGGUGGCGCUGCUGACGUCAGCCGAGUUCGCGAGGGAGCUCCCGGCGUUCCGCGAAGCGUACCGCGGGCUCGGCACCUACGCGCAGCACUGGUGCCUGUCGUUCGCGGGGACGAUCGAGCCCGGCAGCAUCGUCGACUCCCUGUUGGGAGAGCACUGCCUCCUUUGCUGA